AUGGCAGCAAAUCCAUGGGAAACUACACCUAAUCUACGUGAAUAUAAGCUUUGCCUACUAGGAGAUGGAGGUGUUGGGAAGUCUGCCCUGACGGUUCGGUAUAUACAGAGCCACUUCGUUGAAGAAUAUGAUCCAACAAUCGAAGACUGGUAUCGCAAGCAGACCGUAAUAGAUGACGAAAUAGCCCUUCUCGACAUCCUCGACACGGCUGGGCAGGAGGAGUACAAAGCCAUGCGCGACCAGUACAUGCGUACGAGCGAAGGCUUCUUGCUUGUCUACUCCAUUACAUCACGGCAAUCAUUCGAAGAGAUCCCGCGGUUGUAUGAGGAGCUGCUCCGCGUCAAGGGCGUCAUCUCGUGUCCCGCGAUCAUGGUGGCAAAUAAAUGCGACCUGGACCGGGCACGGCAAGUGAGCAUGAGAGAGGGCGGCGCCCGCGCUAAGGAGUUAGGAUGCUUGUUUGUCGAGACGUCGGCGAAAAACAACAUGCGGGUGGACGAUGCGUUCCACGAUUUGGUGCGUGAGAUCAGAAAGCGGAAUCUGGUGCGGAAUCCCAUGUACAGCGUGACAGAGUUCCAUGCUCACUCUGGCCUGUAG